UUGGGUGACAGCUUCGUGCGCCGAUGUGCAGCUCCGCGACGAAAAUAAACUUAAGCGAUGGCUCGAACACUCAGUACAAGCGAAGUACACUCCAAAGAAAGUGAAAGAAUAGAAAAAGAAAUUAAGCAUCCGCUACAACAUAAAUGGAACUUAUGGUUUCAUCAGAAUGAGAAAAGUAAGCUAUGGGAAGACAGUCUAGUCAAAUUAAGUUCGUUUGAUACUGUGGAAGAUUUCUGGUCUCUGUUUAAUCAUAUUAUAUUGCCAAGUAACUUGCCAAUAGGAUCCGAUUAUUCUAUUUUCAAGGACGGGGUUAAACCUAUGUGGGAAGAUGAAAGAAAUGUUCAAGGAGGAAGGUGGCUGAUUAAUGUACGAAAACAUUUGAAAAAUUCCAGUUUAGACGAUUACUGGUUGGAAACACUUUUGUGCCUUAUUGGAGAAGCCUUUGAUGAAGAGGACAAUGAAGUAUGUGGAGCUGUAAUAAAUAUUAGAAAAUAUACUGAUAAAAUUGGAGUAUGGACCUCAAAUUCCAAAAACUCAGAAAGUAAUAUCAAAAUAGGACGGAAGUUAAAAGAAAGAUUGAACAUUCGUGAUGGUAUAUUAGGAUAUGAAGCCCAUGCGGAUACUCAAGCAAAAUUAGGAUCAUCGGUACCCUGUCUUUACCAAGUUUAAUGGAUUUCUUGAAAAACAGAUAUAUACGUGUAUCAUUAUUAUUUUCACAGUUCAUUUAAAGUAUCUUUAACAUGUGUUAAAUAAGCGGUUUCGAAUAUGAAAACCAUCUUCAUAGUAAUUUCAGAAAAUAAAAUAAGUUAUUUUAAUUGUACAAAUAGACAACAUUGAAGACUUAAAAACUUUUGAGGUGGUCUAAACGUUCUUUCACAAUCAAAACGUCUUUUCACUGGAACACAAUCUUUAACAAACUAUUGUAAUAUAAAUGAUGUAAUUAUAUUGAAUGUUAUAUUUACUAUCAAUUUAUUUUCAAUAUGGAAAUUCUUAUGAUAAACAUACUGUUGUAUUAUUAUUAUAAUUAACUUAAGUAAGUUUUUUAAUUUUAAAAAUCCAAUAAGAUAUUUUACAAAUAAAUAUUUGCAUGUUUUAAUUUUCAUUUGAAAAUAAAAUUUCUUUGUUGAAUUCAA